CUCUACCGCAGUGUCCAAGUUUUAUACUUAUACUUAUUAAUGACUUUUCCCUGUAAAUAGCUGAUCAGAAGCCAACAACAUGAAUGAUGUUACUAUUUUAUUCUGUAAAAACUGUUGUCCUUUCUUUAUUCAAACACUUGGAUGCUGUUGAUUGGAAAGUCGAAGCUUGAGGCUUUAGUUCUCUUUUAAGUUAAAAAAAACAAAGUGUCACAAAUACUUUCACCUCAGAGUAAUCAACUGAAAUCAAAGGAAUAUUGCUUCAAUGUUUUCAGAAACUUGAAUAUUAAGUAAGCUUAAGGUUUGGUGCCAAAAAGGCAUAGCAUCUUCUCUGCUGCUUUGUCUCUUAUUGCAUUUCUCCAUCCAACAAUGUUAUUUGACUUUGAGACUAGGUUGGAAAAAAGAGUUAAAGGUAAUUUGGCUUGAAAUCGUAUUCACUGGUACAUAUUCAUUCAUUCAUUCUCUGUAAUCUCCCACAUCCACUGAAUCCUGAUGUUUUGCCACGUAAUUAUUUGAUCUUCCGCAUAUUUCUACUCAUUACAGCCCCUUUUAAUUUCUUUUUCUUUGUGUGAUAAAUGGAGCACGGCAACUUGAUGUCCUGGGAUUCUGUGCAAAGUUCUACUUUGAGACUCAGAUAACUAUGUUGUGGUUCAUCAAUUGAAACGCUCGCCUUUCAGUUGGUGGAUCCCAGUAUAUCUCGGAGUUUCCAGAAUAAUUCCUAUUUUCAUUCUAUCCAACAGAAAUGGUUAUUCCAUUCGUGUCUGAGACAUUUUUAUGUUUGUUAUUUUCAUAAAAGCAUUUUCGUCUGUCUUAUACGUCUCAUCACAACUGUUGUUUUUCUAUUUAGGUGUGAAUAAUAUACAUAUGUCUGAAAGAGAAGCAGAUUCUAAUACUAGUCGUGUUGUUAUCGGACCAGCUUUGCGACCAGAUGAUAUAGCUCCAUCAAGUGGAAUAGGACCCGCAUUACCUACUGAUUUAUUUCGACAAAAGUUAGCUAAAGAACCAGAAGUAUUCAAGUCACAGGAUGAUUUUGAAGAUAUGGAUACCAUUGGUCCUUUAAUACCUGGACAGGAAUUAAGAGAGGAGUGGCGACAUCUUAAAUCCGGUCACUCAGGAGGUUCCAGCCGACCAGUCAGUGAUAAACCAAAACGUGAUGCAUGGAUGACGGAGCUACUGCCGAUGUCUAAUGAUCUCGGUGCGCUGAAACCGCGUAAAUUUCGUCAAGACAUUUCAAGUCACUCUGUACAUCAUGAUGCCUCGUGGUUUACUGCGCCAAAUGACUCCAGUGAAACCUUAGAAGCAGCGAAAGAACCAAACGACAAACUGAGUUUUGAAGGAAAUAAAUCUUACGACCAAAGCAUGGCGAAAAUUGCCUCUCAGUAUCAGGGCUCCAGUAAAAAGUCAAGUUUGUUAGAAAUACAUGAGAAAAAAUUGAAGCAAAAGCUUAAGAAACAUAAAGAAAAAUCUAAAAAGCAUAAACACAAGUCCAAAAAACAUAAGAAAAAACAUGAAAAAUCCCCGUCUCCUGAUUCAAUCAGACGUCCAUUCGAUCGUGAAAAAGAUCUUAAAUUGUUUCGAGUUGACGCCGCAGCUAGAAAGGCGAUUGUUGAGCGUUCUAAGCAACUUUCGAGUCGUUUUAGUCAUGGGAAACAACAGUAUUUAUGA